AUGUAGUUAUCUAAAAAAAUUGAAGAAUUUUAAGACCUUGAUCCAACUGAGCACAUUCCUCAAAGGAAAAUAUCGAGAACUGUGGGAUACUAGAAUAGCUAAUCAAUUUAGGAGGAGGAUGAGGAAUAGUCUUCUUCAAGUUUAUAAUAGCAAUAGCGAAAAUUGAUAUUUAUGAAUUCGCCAAUCUAAUAGCCAUGUGACAUAAGUGGGAGUGAUAUGAAAGUACCCACAAUUUAUACUAAUAUCCAUUCAAACAAAAGUUUUGAGAAGAAUUCUUUUUAAAAAGAAUCAAAAGUAAAAGUGAUUGAAAAUAACAGUGCUAGUAGGUUGGUUGAUGUUUCAGGUUUAGAGCCUCAUGAUUCAUUGCAAUCUGAAUCAGUAUAAAAUUAGAGAUUAAUUAUAGCUGCAGUUAUAAUUGAUGGAUAAAAGCAAAUCUGGCACUCUUAACACUCAGCGUGUGAAGAACAUAGUCAACAGGUUUGUCCAAAGGAUGAGAAGAAAGAUUAAUUGGAGUUAAUUGAGAGACAUCACUUUGAUCGACGAUUCCGCCUAAAGUAGAUAUUUUUAGAAAUCAAUUAGUAUAACCUCAAAUGUAUAGAUGGUUCACGAUCUCCUACUUUGCUUUGACCUCAGCCAUCAUAUUGGCAUCUUCCAUAAUUAUUCCUCUAUAAGCAGCCGAGGAACCAGGCUUUGAUAUCGCAGCUUAUAUUAUCCAUGGAUUUUCAAUCAUUCAAAUAGCCGCUGAUCUUCAUUUUAAGAGAGGACCAUUUCAUUUGAGCGAGGGUAGGUUCAAUACCGAAUAUCGCGAUAACUCCAAGAUCGUCCUGGAUCUAAGUCGACUAGUCUCAGCUUUGAUAUUAGUCUUUUCGUAUUAAUACAGGAUCAAAUACAUCAUUAUCCCUUUUAUUAUAUUGCAAUUGGCUAGAUAAGCAGAGCGAUUUGAAAACAUAUACACAUCCACUUAGUUGGCAAUAUACAUCCUAAUUCUUUGGGUGGCUUUGAUUAUGACCUUUGCCUGUUUAUUAGAAUCUGACGAAGGAAUUCAUUACUCACUUUCAUUAGCGAUCUCCAUACUUACACACAAUGGAGCUAUAACAAUAGAUGUCACUCCCUCAAAUGCUACGCUCCUGCAAAUUUUUAUGAUCGUUAGUUCCUUCAAUAUGAUUUACACCGCAUCAGUAAUAUUCAUUUGGAUCAAACCAUCUAAGAAGCUGGAAGAGGAGAAGGAAAAACAUCUGGCUGCUUUUUUGAAUGGCAUUAAAGACAAAAGCCUCGACUAUGGAUUACAAUGUCGUUGUUACUCUUAUUUGGAAUAUGUAAUUGAUGUAAUGCCUAGCUUCUAUCUAAGAUUAGGAAGACAUCAUAAAGACUAGAGAUCUUUUAGCUAAGAAGUUGUCUCCAGGUCUUUAGGAAGAACUCUAAAUCUCUAUUCGUUCUAAGAUGGUUGAUAAAAUUAAGCUGUUUAAUAAGUUUUCGUCCAGUUUGAAGUAACAACUGAUUUAUUGGUUCGACAUGGCCCAAUAUAAUCCAGAGGAGAAUAUUGUUUAAGUAAAGUUGUUAUAAUAGAAUAUCAUAGGAACAUUAGGUUGAAGAUUUCUGUCUCUACUUUAUUUUAAAAGGAAAAGUGAAGAUUCAAUUUUAAGGCUACUUUCAAGGGAAACCAAAAAGGACUUUUCAUACUUUGUCUGAAGGAUAAACCUUUGGGGAAUUCUCAUUCGUAAGUGGGAUUCCUCCUUAUAUUUCCAUCAAUAGUCAAAGUUUGACCACAGUAUUAAAAUUGAGAAGGUCGGAUUUCAUGGAAAUCAUAAAGACAUUCCCUCAUGACAACGAGAUAUUUUGCUUAUUCAAGGAUAAUUGCAAUUAGAAUCAUAAUACUUUCGAAUGUCAUUAUUGUAAGACCAAGGGUCAUCUGUUAUUUGAAUGCCAAUACUUGUAAUAUUAUCCAAAAAAAAUAAACAUUAUUGAAAAGCAUAUCUAUCCUCAUACCUAAGCACGUUUUAAAAUUGAAAGAAAAAAUAAAGAACCUAAGGCUCUGUUGAUGUUGUUUGUUGUCGGAGAAAGAGCUAAACAAUAUCAAUAGAAGUUAUCGUAGGAAGUAAUGACAUCUGAGGACUUCCCAAUGUCAUCUUAACUACCUUACAGCGAAAGUAUAUAUACAUUUAUAUAAAUAUAUUUUAAAUCUACUUAGAUUAGACAUAACGCUCCGCCAGCUAUUUGAGUAAAACAUAAUCAGUUCAUAAACAGAGUCCUGAAAUAAGUGACAACCAAGAUAGUGAAGGAGAUUAACUCUACGAAGAUUUGGGCAUUGAUCCAGCAUUCAAUAAUUAGUUGAGAAAAUAAUAAAAUAAAACUACUCUAAGAACAGCUGGAUUUCCCUUCAUGUCUGAAACUCUAGGUAUUUAUGUUAGCCAAUACGUAAUAGAGAAUUUGCAUAAGGAGAAAUUGCAAGUUAUUACAGAGUAAUCCCAAAGUAAGUAACUUGAAACUCUUAACUCAAAGCAAGAAGAUACGAAUUAAUUGAGCAAGCAGAGUAGUGGUUCUCAAGCCUUUGCUAAGAAAAAUCAUCUCUAUGCUGCUGCUCGUUCUAUGCAUACCAAAUUGACUUUUCGUUAUUAACAAUAACAAUCAGGAUAGAUGGAUGAUCAAGUUCAAUUUCAAUAACAACAAUAGAAUUCAAUCAGACAAACCUCAAAUCGUUCUAACACCUAUUCAAAUCCUCUGUCUAACAACUUAUCUAAUAAUCCCUCCAGCAAUUCUAAGGUAAAUACAAAGUCUGCUAGAGUUUCUCCAACUCAAUUUCAAUAGCCUCCUCCUUAAAAAAAGAAGGAGGAUAGAGGAUCAUAUAGUGAUUAAUCACUUUCAGAAUAGCAGAGACACACAAAUAGAAAGAAGAGCACUAAAACUGGUACAAAGGUGAGCAUUCUCAAUUAGAUGUCGCAGUUCCAAAUUAUUAAUACUCCAGAGGUAUGGAAUUUGAAUUAUUAAAGAAUCAUCACUAUUAAUAUAACGAUAUCGUGUUUAAUAGAUUUGAAAAGAUGCAUUUAUUUAAGUAUUAUAAUCCACAUAAUAACUAUGAUAAUGUAAUCAUAAGGUACAAUUCAUUAUCAAUUGUAGAAUAAACAAAUUCCACAGAACAAAAAAAGUCAAACCUAUUCAUUACACUAUAAAGUGUUUUGUGUCUUCAAAAAUAAAGAAAGUCAAGAAGAUUCUGCAUUCUUAAUUAUGA